ACAGAGCCACACCGAGGUCCCCUGCGCGCAUGAUCGCAAACUGUGGGGAACCUGGGCGGACAGAGCCAAGUCUUGCCCCUUCUGACCGGGAGAAACCACAAGCCCACGGGGAGGAAGACGUUGGGUACGGCGUCGACAGCAAAGACAGCGCGGACUCUGGCUAAUUCCUUGAGGUGGGAUUAGGCUCCCCGAUCAGAGGAGCUCGGAUCACACAGUUUCUCUUCUCUUCGCCUCUCCGCUCCUCUCCCGCUUGUCAAACCCCAAAUCCCGAGCAGCCGACGCGCGUACCUGGGAGGACCAAGGGGUUUGUUUAAGUGUCGGCGUUGUUUUCGGUUGGAGUACCACUCUCAGCAAACGCACACAAGUGGCCGAGCGACGCCCGAGUCCAGUCCAGGGACUACGGUGGUUGGAAACCCUCUCGGUUGUGCCUGCAAGCGGCUGCCCGCCCGCGCGUCGUCCCCUCCGAGCGGAGAGCAAAAGUGCCCAUAAAUCUGCUCCACCUGGACUCGGGACCCGAGCGAGGCGCUUCCUCGGUCAACCGCACUUGACAGGCGCGAGCAGGGGAGAAAAUCCUGGGAGGCCAAACUGCCACUUGAGCAGCCGAAGGGGGAACCGAAAAUCCGGCGACAAUGCCUCUCGCACAGAUCGCGGAGCCAUGGCCCACGAUGGAACUGGUGCAGCUUGAAACUGAGAAUGGCCAGAGCACAGCUGAGGACGGACUCACGGCUGGUCUCAAGAACGAGUCUCAUAUUACCUGGAUAGAGAGGGACUUUGCCAAUAUUAGAUGCCAGGAAGAUGGAGACAUCAAGGAGAUCAACAUUACCCAUGUGGUCAAAGAGGGCUCAGAGAAGGCUGAUGCCUCUCAGUUUGAACUGCUCAAAGUUUUAGGACAGGGCUCCUUUGGCAAGGUGUUCUUGGUGCGAAAGGUGACCCAUCCAGAUGCCAACCAACUCUAUGCCAUGAAGGUCCUCAAGAAAGCCACACUCAAAGUGAGAGACCGUGUGAGGACCAAGAUGGAGAGGGAUAUUCUGGCAGACGUCAACCACCCAUUUGUUGUCAAACUUCACUAUGCAUUCCAAACUGAAGGGAAGCUGUACUUGAUCCUGGACUUCCUCAGAGGAGGAGAUCUCUUCACUAGACUCUCUAAAGAGGUGAUGUUCACAGAGGAGGAUGUGAAGUUUUAUCUAGCAGAGCUGGCAUUAGGACUGGACCACCUCCAUAGCCUGGGCAUCAUUUACAGGGACCUUAAACCCGAAAAUAUUCUCCUGGAUGAGGAGGGACAUAUCAAACUCACUGAUUUUGGUUUGUGUAAAGAAGCCAUUGAUCAUGAGAAGAAAGCUUAUUCCUUCUGUGGUACUGUGGAGUACAUGGCACCAGAGGUUGUGAACAGGCAAGGACACACCCACAGCGCUGACUGGUGGUCAUUUGGGGUACUAAUGUUUGAGAUGUUGACAGGAGCGCUGCCAUUUCAAGGGAAGGACCGCAAAGAAACUAUGAACCUAAUUCUGAAGGCACGUCUGGGAAUGCCUCAGUUCCUGAGUGCAGAAGCCCAGUCUCUGCUUAGGGCUUUGUUCAAGAGGAACCCUGCCAACAGACUGGGAUCUGGUGCUGACGGUGCAGAGGAGAUCAAACGACACGGGUUCUUCUCCACCAUAGACUGGAAUAAACUCUUCAGGAAAGAAUUAAAGCCUCCAUUCAGACCAGCGGUGGCGCGUCCAGACGACACUUUCUACUUUGACUCUGAGUUCACGUCCCGUACCCCUAAAGACUCCCCUGGCGUCCCCCCAAGUGCCGGAGCUCACCAGCUCUUCAGGGGCUUCAGUUUCAUCGCGUCGACUCUGUUGGAAGAGGAAGGCUCAGUGGAGCCAGUGCAACCUCCACAAAACCCAGUGGUCCAGCAGUUACACGGGAAGAACCUGCUGUUCAGCGACGGCUACGUAUUGAAGGAAGAUAUCGGCAUGGGCUCCUUCUCCGUCUGUAAACGAUGUAUCCACAAAACCACCAACACAGAAUACGCCGUCAAGAUGAUUGACAAGACCAGUACAGACCCAUCUGAGGAGAUUGAGAUUCUACUAAGAUAUGGACAGCACCCCAACAUCAUAACACUGAAGGAUGUGUACGACAACGGUAAGCAGGUGUUCCUGGUGACAGAGCUGAUGCGCGGAGGCGAGCUGCUGGACCGGAUCCUCAAACAGAAGUUCUUUUCGGAGAGAGAGGCCAGCGCUGUGCUUCAUACCAUCACCAAGACUGUAGAGUACCUGCACUCACAGGGGGUGGUGCACAGAGACCUGAAGCCCAGCAACAUCCUCUAUGUUGACGAGUCCGGGAAUCCAGAGUCAAUCAGGAUCUGUGACUUUGGCUUCGCUAAGCAGCUGCGUGCCAACAACGGCCUACUGAUGACCCCAUGCUACACUGCUAACUUUGUGGCGCCCGAGGUGUUGAAGCGUCAGGGCUAUGAUGAAGGAUGUGACAUCUGGAGUCUGGGAGUCUUAUUGUACACCAUGCUGGCUGGUUUUACUCCAUUUGCCAAUGGACCUGAGGACACCCCCAACGAGAUCCUGAACAGGAUAGGCAACGGUCACUUUAGCCUGACUGGAGGCAACUGGGACACUGUGUCUGAUGCUGCCAAGGACCUUGUGUCCAAGAUGCUUCAUGUGGAUCCUCAUCAGAGACUGACUGCUAAGCAGGUCCUCAGGCACCCCUGGAUUGUCCAGAGAGACAAACUACCCAACAGUCAGCUCCCACACCAGGACCCCAAACUGGUCAAGGGUGCAAUGGCAGCCACCUACUCCGCCCUGAAGAACUCCCAACCAACUCCAGAGCUCAAGCCCAUCGAGAGCUCCUUCCUAGCCCAGAGGCGUGUCAAGAAGCUUCCCUCUACCUCCCUGUAGAGACUGAAAACAAUCGAACAUCUCACUGGAGACUGACCAAAACCGCACCUCCUGGCUCCAAACCACCCAGUCAGCUUGCUCGGGGACUCACUGUCCACUCGUCACUACCAGCCAAGGAACACUGACUGUGGUCCUGCCCCCAUUCUUGUGACGUCAGUUGUCCUGCUCUUGCUAUCAUCACGCCUUGUUCAGACUCAUCAGCUGCUGUUAGCCAGUCGCCUUGGACUAGGAAAAGGUAGUGAAGAUGGAUGGGGCGACGAGGCCAAA